AUGAAAUCUAUAACAAGAAUUGAAAAUGCUCGUCAUCAAAUAAAAUUAUGUCAGAAAGAAAAUUUUUAUCAUUUAUUAAAAGAUCGUGAACUUGAUCCAUGGACACAAACACGUCUUGAUUCAAUUAAAAAUAAAUAUGAUCAAGUUAAACAUAAUUUAAAUGUUUUAUUAAAAUUAACACAUAAAACAAUACAUAAUAAAUCAUUAUCUAGAAAUGAUAAUGAUAUUGAAAAUGAAGAUUUUCUACCUGAUUUAGAACUAUUAAAUACAUCUCAAACAAUGAAACAAGGAAUUCAAAAACGUCUACGUGAACUUAGUCAUAAAGUAUCUGACAUAGAAAAAGAUUUACAAAUUAUUUAUACAAAAUUCAAUAAAGAUUUAUUAAGUAGUAAACAAAAUGAUUCAAAUUUAACAAAGACGACAAUGUCGUCUCAGAAAUUAUUUCAUCCGUUAGAUUCAGAAAUUUUAUUACAUUUACAAGCUACUCAUCCAAAUAUUAAUGAAAUUUAUGUUCCACAAACACCAUUAAUUCAUUUAUCAUCAGUAAAUGAACAAAAAAAAUCUUCAACUAUUGAAAUAACUAAACCACACACACCUAUACAAACAAAUUCUUCACCAACAAUUGAAUCUGAAAAUUUUAAACAAAUGUUACGUAUUGUUCGAGCAUCAAUCGAUCUAUAUUCUGGUGCAGCAAGUCCAGAACAAUUACGUGAAUUAUCAAAUACAAUUUCGACAAGUCCAUUAUCAUCAUCAUCAUCAUCAAUACAAAAAUCUAAUACAAUAUCAAUUAAUAAAACUCCAACUAUACCUAAAACAACAACCACAACAACAACAACAACAACAACUCAUUCAAAAUCACCAACGGUUACAAAAUCCUUAAAUACAACAAUACCAUCAACAAAUAUUGUACAAAUACCAGCUAAAACUGUUACUUCACCUAUACCAAAUAUUUCUAUUAUACCAGCAACACCAACAAUAUCAUCAGAUAUAUCAUCAAAAAUUCAAUCAAAUAAACCACUUAUUCAAACAUCUACUGAUCUAACAAAAACAUCAGGUGAUAGUGUUAUACGAUCAUUACUUAAUAAUAAUACUGUAUCAACUUCCCCAACUCCAACAUCAAAUUUAAAUCAACAAUUAAUUAAUUCUACAACAAAUCAAAUUAUUAAAUCAAAUAUUCCUAAUGCAUUAACGUCACAAGUAACAAAUCAAGCUCCAACAACAACAAUAACAACAUCUGUUCAAUCAAUAUCUCCAACAACUAAACCAAUUAUAUCAACUGGUCUAAGUUCAUUCGGUUCAAAACCAAUACUUGGUAGUAAUGCACUUAAUUUAAUAUCUACUACAUCAUCGACUACUCCAUUUGGUAUUACUACAGUAACAACAACAAAUAACGGAUUAUUAUUUGGUAAUGUUUCUAUUACAACUAUAUCUGCUCCUAGUUCAUUGAUUACAACAGCAGCAACAUCCGCAACUCCUACUCCAUUUGGUACCGGAUUUGGUACUCCUACUACAACAACAACAUCAGCUUCUACUCCAUUCGGUACUCCUACUACAACAACAACUGCGACAACAUCACCUUCUAUUCCAUUUGGUACCGGAUUCGUUUCUGCUCCAUUUGGUACUGGAUUCGGUACACCUACGACUUCAGCUCCAGCAACAUCAGCAUCCAGUACUGGUCUAUUUACUACUGCAACAACUUCAACUUCUACUCCACUUGGUAUUAGCGUGGGCUUUCCUACUACUACAACUGCAACAACAUCAGCAUCGGGCACUGGUCUAUUUGGUGCUCCAGCAACAUUAACAUCAACUCCUAAUCUAUUUGGCAGCGGCUUCAAUACUUCUACUACAACAACAUCAGCACCUAGUACUAGUCUAUUUGGUAGUGCAUCAACAACAUCUCCAUUUGGUAGUGGAUUUGGUGCUAGUUCGACAGCAUCUCCAGGUACAACAUUUGGUGGUUAUGGUUCUACUUCAACAGCAUCAACAUCGGGUACGAGUAUAUUUGGUAGUAGUGGUUUUCCAUUUACUUCAACUGCUAAAUCAACAGCUGGUACUUCAUUAUUUGGUAGUAGCAGCAGUAGUAGUACACCUGCAUUUGGUAGUAGUUUUUCUGGUUUUGGCACACAAGCAAAUUUGUCUGGAUCAUCGACUGGUUUUUCAUUUGGUGGAUUUGGUGGUGCUCAACCUGCAGAAACAACAACACCGACAACAACACAAUCAGAUUUUGGUUCUUUUGGAUCACCACCUCCUACAUCAUCACCAUUUGGUGGUUCAAUGUUUGGAGGAACAUCUGGACAAACAACUGGUUUUGGUACAGCAACAUCAUCAUUUGGAGCUACAUCAACACAAUCAGCAACUUCACCUUCAUUUACAACUUAUCGUAAAUAA